GACACGAGGGGUUUUUGAACGGUGAAAAGCGGGCUUGGAAACAUUCGAGAGGGAAACAAAGAAAGAGUGAACAUAUCACCGCCGAAGGACGGGAAAUAAAGGGAAUCGUUGAUUUACAUCCCCCCAGACCAUCCUGGCAGCCGUUUAAGGUUUGGAUCAUGUCACACAAACAGAUCUACUAUUCAGAUAAAUAUGACGAUGGCAAUUACGAAUAUAGGCAUGUAAUGCUCCCCAAAGAGAUCGCAAAGCGUGUGCCCAAUACCCACUUAAUGUCUGAGACUGAAUGGAGGAACCUUGGGGUCCAGCAAAGCCAAGGAUGGGUUCACUACAUGAUCCACCAGCCAGAGCCCCACAUCUUGCUGUUCCGGCGCCCCCUGACAACCCCCAAAUCAUAAAGGACAUUCUCUGGGUCCUUGGGAGAUCGGUCCUCAUGUGCCACAGAUCAACUCAUCAGACUUGGAUCAGGAAAUUGGACCACCAAACUCUUCUGGCGUAGGUGUCUUGUGAUUUGAGCUGAUCAUUCUGGACCUGGAGGAUGAUGACAGUAUGAACACUGGUUGUGGAAUGGAGUACGGAGUGUUGAAGGAAGAAAACAAAAAUCGCCACCCUUCUUGUGGGGAGAAAAUCUCUGCAUGUGUUGACAGUGACACACAGUCUGCCUGAAAUGUUGAAAUGGGCUUACGCUGUGCUUUUGACUUCAUUUAUGUCCAACUUGCUGAACCUGCUCGGAUGUUCCAGCUUUUAAAACAACUUGUAAGAUGUGGGGAGUGAAACUUGUUGACACACUGAGUAGUUCUUGCAGUACUUUCUCAGUAAGGCUCAGGUCAGAACAAAGUCAGAUAAAAUGGUUGGAUCCUAAUUAGAUUUGACUCUGAAACAACAGCCUGCGGAUUUAACUGACAUGUUGCUGCUUGGUUUAAAUGACACUGUAAAUUGACAUUUAACAAAUCUUGUCAUGUGCAUUAAAGUCCGCAUCUACGAGUCUCCUACAAAGUAGUGUUGAUCCCUGUUUUAUAAGAGCACAUUUAGGUUUUUUUAUGGAGGAACAAAUCUUGUUUAGUCUGAUUAUGCCUGUAAGCUGCUCAGUAUUUAUGAAUGUGUUGCCCUUUAUCAAAUAAAUGUAAACCCUUUUGAGUGUCUUUGCAGCA